GGAAGUACAUCGAGAUUACAUUUUUGUAAACUUCCCUGUCGGAGCGAUAUUUUAUCUUCGAAUAAGGUAACUAACGUUAGUAUUUACUUAUUUUGUAACUGAUCAAACUAACAUCGCCACAAGGUAGAGAGCUUAUGUAUUACUAUUGAGCUAGAGAGUAAAAUAAAGAAUUAACGUUAGCUAGCCCAUAUAACGUGAGUUUUCACAAAGCCAGUUGAUCUAGUUAGCCACUGUAGCUGGCUAACCAACGGUAAUUAACUAGCUGCUAUUUUAGCUACGCAGAUAAUCACACCGUCAACACUAAAUAUUAGGUUAGUUUAGCUAGCUAGUCUCCUAGUUAUAUUUUCUGAGUCAGCUGCUAGCUAGUGAAGUUGUUUUGACAUGCAGGGGGUUACAUUGAGGGGGACAAAGUCGCCUAGUUGGAGUGGGAAAUCCCAAUGUAAAAAGUAAACAACACCGACUUGGACAGUCUGUUUAAUCAGGCUGUAAUACACAAUUAAUUGGUAUAUACAGCCUGAAACUAAUGACUGGAAAAUCGUUUAAAUGUUUUACUACAAGCUAGAAUGUUGAAUAAAAAUACAUUUGAACUUACUCUACCGGUUGCUCGUGGUGUUGGUCCUUCCGAUGGUCGAAAUUUGAGACAAAACAUACACAUUGUUAACCUGACUUGUUAGAGCGCUGGCGUUAUUGACAUAGAUGGGUUGUUUACGUUUCUACCGUUGUCUAGAUGGAGUAGGCCUACAGCUCUGUCUAGUGGUCGCGUCAGUUGUUGACAACUGUAGCUAAGCCUAACCCUAACUUUUUUGUCCUAACCUUAACCUCAUUCUCCUAACCUGCUGCGUUAGUUUUCCUAACCUGCCACGUUUAAUUCACCUAACCUGCUAUGAAAACAAACCAUCGGUGCUGACAAAUCAUCAGUAUUACCACACCUAUACUGAAGUUGCCAUUUCUAUUACCUGGCACAUGCGCAAAACCAUGUAAACACCUGCUGACUUCAGUUAGACUGAGCAAUAAUAAACACAACCCAGUUAGUAUGCCAUUGUGUGCAUGUACUUCUGUCUCGUGCACAUGCCUCUGGUCAUGAGCAAACGCAGGUGCACGAGAUGCAUGCAUACUAACUGAAGUAAGCAGGUACAGUGCCUUCAGAAAGUAUUCAUACCCCUUGACUUAUUACACAUUUUGUUGUGUUACAGCCUGAAUUCAAAAUUGAUUAAAUCGAUUUUUUAUUUCUGUCACACAUCUACACACAAUGCCACAUAAUGAAAAAUAUUAAACACGUUUUUUAGAAAUGUUAGCAAAUUUAUUGAAAAUGAAAUACAGAAAUAUCUCAUUUACAUAAGUAUUCACACCCGAGUCAAUAUAUGUUAAAAUCAACUUUUGCAGCGAUUACAGCUGUGAGUCUUUCUGGGUAAAUCAGUAAGAGCUUUGCACAUCUGGAUUGUACAAUAUUUGCCCAUUAUUCUUUUCAAAAAUUCUUCAAGCUCUGUCAAAUUGGUUGUUGAUCAUUGCUAGACAACCAUUUUUAGGUCUUGCAAUAGAUUUUCAAGCAGAUUUAAGUCAAAACUGUAACUCGACCCCUCAGGAACAUUCAUUGUCUUCUUGGUAAGCAACUCCAGUGUAGAUUUGUCCAUGUGUUUUAGGUUAAUGUCCUGCUGAAAGGUGAAUUCAUCUCCCAGUGUCUGGUGGACAGCAGACUGAACCAGGUUUUCCUCUAGGAUUUUGCCUGUGCUUAGCUCCAUUCCGUUUAUUUUUUAUCCUGAAAAAAGUCCCCAGUAACAUGAUACCCAUAACAUGAUACAGCCACCACAAUGCUUGACAAUAUGGAGCGUGGUACUCAGUAAUGUGUUGUAUUGGAUUUGCCCCAAACAUAACACUUUGUAUUCAGGACAAAAAUGUAAUUGCUUUGCCACAUUUUUUUGCAGUAUUACUUUAGUGCCUUGUUGCAAACAGGAAGCAUGUUUUGGAAUAUUUGUAUUCUGUACAGGCUUCUUUCUGUUCACUCUGUCAAUUAGGUUAGUAUUGUGGCGUAACCUCAAUGUUGUUGAUCCAUCCUCAGUUUUCUCCUAUCACAGCCAUUAAACUCUGUAAUAGAGCGGUUUCCUUCCUCUCCGGCAACUGAGUUAGGAAGGACACCUGUAUCUUUGUAGUGACUGUGUGUAUUGAUACACCAUCCAAAGUGUAAUUAAUAACUUUGCUCAAAGGGAUAUAAAAUGUUAGAUUUUUUCAUGUUUACCCAUCUACCAAUGGGUGCCCUUCUUUGCGAGGCAUUGGAAAACCUCCCUGGUCUUUGUGGUUGAAUCUGUGUUUGAAAUUCACUGCUCGACUGAGGGACCUUACAGAUAAUUGUAUGUGUUUGGCACAGAGAUGGGGUAAUCAUUCAAAAUUCAUGUUAAACACUAUUAUUGCACAGAGAGUCCCAUGCAACUUAUUAUGUGACUUGUUAAGCUCAUUUUUACUCAUGAACUUAUUUAGGCUUUCCAUAACAAAGGGUUGAAUACUUAUUACCUCAAGACGUUUCAGCUUUAAAUGUUAAAUUAAUUUGUAAACAUUUCAAAAAACAUAAUUCCACUUUGACAUUAUGGGGUAUUGUGCAUAGGCCAGUGACAAAAAAAUCUAAAUGUAAUACAUUUUAAAUUCAGGCUGUAACACAACAAAGUGUGGAAAAAGUCAAGGGGUGUGAAUACUUUCUGAAGGCACUGUAUUUACAUGGUUUUGCGCAUGUGAGAGGUGAUAGAACUGUCCACUUCAGUACCAGCGCUCUAAAAAGUCGGGUGAACAAUACUUUCCUGUGGAUAUUUUGUCUCAAAUUUCGAGCGGCUGAAGGACAAAUCGCACAGAAAACUGGUAGAGUAAGUUAAAAAGUAAUUGUAUUCAACAUUUGGGCUUGUAAGUAACAUUUACACGAUUUUGCAGUUAUUAGUUUCAGGCUGUGUAUACCAAUUAAUGGUGUAUUACAACCUGAUUAAUCAGACUAACUUGGACUGUUACUCAGCUAGCUAGCUAUGUCUCAAACUCUCCUACCAAGUAGCCUACCUCUGGCUUGUGGCUAGCUACGUAUUGCGCUAGUUUUUGAUGUUUACUAUAAAGGCACUUACAGAUGGGCCGCGAAGGUCUCUUCAAUGGGAGUAGGGCGGCAGGCGGCAAAACGCAAGCAAUUUUGCAAGCAGCGCGGUUUGUGGUGCCGCUGGCUCGGCGCCAAAAGAUGAAAUUAGCUGAUGUCUUGAGCGGCAUUGGUAAAACCAAUGAGCGUCGUUCAUCUUGUCAACCAAUCAAACAAUGUUUUAAUGACAACAUUCGAGCUGACAACAACCGGGACCGUUUGUCACUACACACGGUAGGCGGUUUACCUCGCGGUUCAAUUGCCGUUUACCGCUGCCCGUCUGUAAUCGCGUUAAGUUAAGAGUCAGCUGUACAACUUGUUUCUUGUGUCAACUUGUUCUGUACACUGAGUUCCAUGUAUUGCAUAACGACCUCCUUUAUAAAGCUAGCCAAGAAGUCACAGUGCAGUCUACUCUAGGGUUGGUUUUCUGUCUUUUCACAACGCGUUUUCUGUUGUCUCUCUUUACAGUUGUCUCUCUGCUUCCUCUACCACCAUGCCAAGUGACACGUGCUGAGACAGAGGACCAUGUUAUUCAAACCACGCUAACCGAAGAUGGUGUUUUAAUCGCUCUUUUUAAAAUGGACACACUGAAAUCCUCCAGUGUUUAUUUUGAAUGCUAAUAAAUGUGACGAUGUUGAUCAUUUUGUGAUCAAUAUAUCAUUUUAUAUACAAGGAAUGCACUUUCUUAUUGCCAGAAAGUGAGUGACACAGUAUAUUCCCAUUCACCUCAAUGGAAGCUCCAGUCACACCAACUCCUCUACCCUCCAACUCCACCCUGCCUACACCUUUCCCUCUGCACCCGGCAGUGGCCCCAUCAGUCCAGCUUGGAAUCACCAUCCUCUACACUGCUCUCUACGGAAGUCUCUUCUUGGUCGUCUACGUUCAGCUCUGGCUCCUCCUGCUCUGCCGACACAAGCGCUGGAGCUACCAGAGUGUGUUUCUGUUCCUCUGUCUUCUCUGGGCGGCUCUUCGCACCACUCUGUUCUCCUUCUACUUCCAUAACGCCCUGGAAGCCAAUCGCCUGGCCACAGUGUUUUACUGGCUCCUCUACUGCUUCCCUGUCUGUCUGCAGUUCUUCACCCUCAGUCUCAUCAACCUCUACUUCACUCAGGUUAAGACACACAUUUUAUAUCUUUAGAUAACCUGUCCUGCAAGUAUGUCACGUGUUUCUGAGUUAUGAUUUGUUAUGAAAGCAUUAGUCUUGACACUCGUGACAGAUUGUUAAAUCGAUUAGCUGGCCAGCCGCAUGCAAGAUUUGGUUCAAAGUUCAGAGACAAAGAAAGUAUUUGUUAAAGACUAGUAUGUGUUUACUUAAACUAUUGGCUGGUUUCUGUUCUCCAUUGUUUGUACAGGUAUUACUCAAAGUGAGAGAGAAGUACAGCCCUAACACUGAGCCCAGCAAUGGACUGUGAGUUCCACUUCCCUCAAACGACUUGCAGCUGUUUGUGUCCUUUUUAGAGAUGUUUUUGAAGAAGCUUUAUUUAAAUCAUUUGAAUUGACAAGUCUCUCUCUCUCUCUCUCUCCUCAGAUGUUGGGCGCGGUGCUUAUACGCCUCCCUGAGUGGUGUGUUCCUGUGUGUCAACGUGGUGUGUGCUGCUCUUGGCUGGAACGGGGGCAGUGGAGGAGCAGGAGCUAAAACAUGGAGUCUGGUUCUGAUACGAGUACUGGUCAAUGACCUGCUGUUCAUCUUCGAGGCUGUGUGUCUAGCUGCAUUACUGCUCCUCUUAACCCGACGCUCCACAUCCACCAGCCCUUACCUGCACAGUAAGGUGAGUCCCGACUGGAGUUCAUCAGCUAUUCCUUAAAAGGGAAUUCAACAAAUAAUCUUGCAUUCUCUAUUCAGGAAUGUGGUUCUACCUGAAGGAAUUCGUGCUUUUAUGACAUUCAUUCUCCACUUACUGUAACUGACCUAGCUAUUCCUAAGUGUCUGGUGAAUGAGAUUUACCUGUCCCCUAGCAAAAUCCAGAUAACCUAUCCCCUAGCCAAAAUCCAGUGUAUCGGCUGCACUCAUUUAACUGUGGUGCCGUGCAACGGCAAAAUCUCUGCAAACAAAAUGAGUAAUGAAUAAAAAAAUCGGACAACCCCAUAGUAGAAUAGUUCAUCUAUUUAUCUAGUCACAGUGAUGGAAAAAGUGCUUAUUGAUAAUAACGUACCUGGUAAUAUGGACCAUGCAUAGGCUAUAUGUUAAAAUCAUUUUACCAAAAUGUUAUUGGGCUUAUUUCUGGAGGUGGAAAUUAUAUUUUAGAUGGCAUUUUCAUUUUUCAUUCGUAUUGGAGUAGAAUGAAUGAGUAGUUCCAAUUCAAUCAGUACUACGUGGAGAUUGGUAUGCAUCUUCUCCCCCCCCCCAGGGAACAACAGUGUGUCGGACUGCACUUCUAGGAGCGGGUGUAAUACUGCUCUUUGCUAGUAGAGCAUGUUACAACCUGGCUGUCCUCAUACUGUCCCAGAAUCACAGAGUGGAGUCCUUUGACUUUGACUGGUACAACAUCUCUGACCAGGUAAAGAGCUUCACUCAUGUACACUGAACAAAAAAAUAUAAACGCAACAAUUUCAAAGAUUUUACUGAGUUACAGUUCAUAUAAAGGAAAUCAGUCGAUUGAAAUAAAUAAAUGAGGCCCUAAUCUAUGGAUUUCACAUGACUGGGCAGGGGCGCAGCCAUGGGUGGGCCUGGGAGGGCAUAGGCCCACCCACUGGGGAGCCAGGCCCAACCAAUCAGAAUGAGUUUUUCCCCACAAAAGGGCUUUAUUACAGACAUAAAUACUCCUCACAAGGUGCACCUGUGUAAUGAUCAUGCUGUUUAAUCAGAUUCUUGAUAUGCCACACCUGUCAGGUGGAUGGAUUAUCUUGGCAAAGGAGAAACGCUCACUAACAGGGAUGUAAACAAAUUUGUGCACAAAAUUUGAAAGAAAUAAGCUUUUUGUUGCGUAUGGAAAAUGUCUGGGAUUUUUUUAUUUCAGCUCAUGAAACAUGGGACCAACACUUUACAUGUUGCGUUUAUAUUUUUGUUCAGUAUAGUUAACAUACAAAAGGGUUGAAAUUGAUUCAGCGACAUCGGCAAGAUGUCACUGGGAAAACUGUCUGUAUUUUAAGGGGAUCAUUUUGAGUAAGGCAAAGCACAGACUCUUAUGUUGACAGAUCAUUAGUAGUUAUGUUGAUAGAUCAUCAGUAGUUAUUGGGGAUGCAAGGUGAUUUUUAGAUCGGUGAUUCUGUGAAGUCCGACUGCAAUGUAGUCUCAACCUCAAACAUGCACAAUAACACUUGUGCUUGUCUUUCCACAGGCUGACCUGCGUAGUGAACUGGGAGACAGGGGUUACUUGGCGUUCGGGGCAAUUCUCUUCAUAUGGGAGCUGCUUCCCACCAGCCUCCUCAUCCUCCUCUUCAGAGUCCGCCGACCGCCUCAAGAAGUUGUUAAGUUUCUGUUCUCUUUUUUUCCUCAACAGCCCUCUUAAGGCCUUUCACUUCACUUUAUGUUUGGUUUCCCUUUCUGGCUUUGUAUGUGCAGUAAAUAGCAGCUGCUAGCCCCAUUGUGAUGUGUCUUCCUUCUCUCCAAGGGCUGUAAUAUGCCCAUUAACAACAGAGUCCCGCGGCCGUACUUCUUUGAUGACCCAGCAGGGGAAGACGCUGACUCGGGUGUUCCUUGGGUCAACAGCUCACAUCCACACCAAAGGUAA